UGCUAACUAUAAUAGUUUACUCUUCAAGCACAAACGCGCAAUCGUUUGGCGUUAAUUAAAUUAUGAUAACUUCAGUAGUUUUUAAAUAACUCGACGUUGAAUUACUACCUGCACCUGAAACAAUUUUCCUUUUUCUAACAAACCUAAUGGACGCAAAAUUAUGUUACUGACAGAUUGGUAAAGUCAUAGAUAAUAGAUACACAAAGGGUAAAGUUUAAAUCAGCAGUUUAUUUAUAUCGGGUACUAGUUCACAUGACUGUUGGUACAAGAUGUAACCAUAAAGAUAACUAUUGUCUCUAUGUAUGUAACACGUGACUUGUGUACAUGCUGCGUUGUGCGCUGCGGUGAACGGUGGGGAUUUUUGAAUUGUAUUUUACAUUUAGUGAUUGAUAUUUACAUGCAUAUUUACAUUUUCUAUAUCUUUUGGGCAGAGGGAAACGGGUAAUCAUACCUAAAAGAUUAAUUUUAAAGCAGCCAAAUCAUAAGAAUUAGAAUCGCAUACAAGUAAUAUCUGUUUUUGGACAUUCCUCAAUGUGAAAAAUGUCAUCAGAAAGUCUUAAAAGUAAAUUACAGAACUUGCAAAAAAGUUUAGAACAGCUCCAUAAGGACGAGUGUAAUAAAAUUACCCUCUAUGUUAUGAAAACUCAAAAAAAAGCUUUAGAACAAGUUAUCCGGAAUCUGUGCAUUUCACUAUUGUCUGAAGAAGAAUUGUGGUUGUUAUGUUCUUGUUGUAUAGACUAUAUAGAUAGUGUACAUAUUUUAGCUACAAAAUUGAAUCCUUACCAGUAUUCAAAGAAUAACAAUAUUAUUCAAGGGCUUCUUAAUAUACUCACGACUACUGCUGGUUUACUAGAUAAUUUGCGUACUGAUUUCAUAGAAUAUUUAUCACCAGCAAUACUUCUAAGACUUGAAAAAAUUGAGCCACCUUGGUUUUUUAAAAUUCUGAUGAAAACCUUUAAAGAGUGCUUGCAACAUACUGUUAGAAAGAAACGUCAUGGAAUUUUUAUUGACAAUUUAACUAAAUUUUGCACACUGGCAAAUAUUAUUUGUUCUUGUGGUGAUUUUUCUUAUCAGGCUACACUAAUAGAAAUCAUAUUCCGUGUGGGUUCUUCUGAGCAAAUUAAACAAUAUGCGGGUUAUCUUUUUCCCCAAUCCACUGAAAUAAAAAAUGCUUUACUUAAUGUAAAGUUAGACAACUUUGAUGUCCAUUUAAGAGCAGUACAAAAUGCCAUUAACACAAAGUUUAAAACAAUUUUUUCUAUAAAAUGUACUUCAGUUUUCUUAGAUGGUAUUGCUGUGACAAAACCGGAGGAUGUUGAUAUGUGGGUUGAUUUUAAUAUUGAAUUCAAAUCUAUGAGUUUUUUUUGUGACAGAAAUUGCUUAUUAGAUAAAUUUGAUAAAAAUCAGGAAGACGGAUGGGAAACUGUAACAGUUAUGGUGGACAGUGUAUCAUCAGUUAUAAGUUCAAGUGUGAAGUCGAAGGAUAAAAUGAGUGUCAAUGAAAAAAUAAUUCGUUUCGUCCUUGAAGCACCUUGUCUGUGUGUUUAUCCUUCUUCUUAUCAAGCCAAUGAACAUUUAACACUAACAUUAUUAGAGAGCCCACAAUUAAAGGAGUUAGAACUUGAGAUUUUACCUCAAAUGUUUGGCAAUAAGUAUAAUAACACCAAACAUCCCGAUGAUUUCAGUAAGAGUUAUAAUUUAGAUAAUUCCAUCUUAGAUGCUAAGAAAAUGUAUAAAAUUUCUCAUCGGCAGUUUAUUGCUAAUUCUUCAGAAAACGACAGAUUUGAAGAUAAAUUAAUUAAUGGAAAUAUAAGUCGGUCUGAUUCACGACCGUCAUUUAGUGUAUAUUCAUCUCCGCAUUCCAGUAUUUUUUCUGAUAAUGACUCUGUUGAUAAAUUUCAAAGUGUAUCGUCAAGAACGGUUCCCAAUGUUUACUGUAAAACAUAUUCAAGGCAAAAAUCAAAUUUGUCAUCGCAAUUAAUUCGAGAAUCUGCAGAAUUUGGUUAUGAAAGUUCUGCUUCAGAAAAAGCAAAUUUAAUCGAAGAUGAUAAUGUCAUUAUUGAUGAAACAUUCAAUGCUAACAAUAAGAUUAGUAUGUUAGUAAAUAAUAUUGACGAUCGUUUAAAAAGUAACGCUUCUGAAAAUUUUAAUUCAAAUUUAUCGCGCUUGAAAUGUUCAGAGAAUAUAAAUCAUAAUAAAAAUUUAAUUUGGAGUAGUUCGUCUGAAGAACACGGCACAUUACUUUAUAAGCGUACGGAUUCUCGCAGUAAAUUGUCAAGACCUGUAUUAACACAUAAAACAACCAAAGCUAGACCAGUGGAAAGGGUAUCAGUGUAUGAAAAUAAUUUAUCAAAAGAAGAAACUCGUAUACGUUUAUCUACUGCUAAAUCCCCAGUUAGAAAAAUAAAUGAGAAGAUAUCAAAAUCAACAGUUUCUAUUAAUGAAACAAUAUGUAUAAGACAAUGCAAUAAUGCAAAACUUCUGUCGUCUGUAGACCCUAUUACGUCAAGACUACAAAGCGAUGUAAAAGAAAAGGGCCAAGAGGCGUUAACAUAUAAAUCCAUAUCACGACUAACGGAGGAUAAUGCCGAUAAUUACGCCGAUGUUAACUUGACAAGGUUAUCUAAAUCUUUCAACUCAACAAGUAAUGUUUUGAUUAAUAAUAAAUUAGAACACACAAUAACUGUCUUAGAAGAGAUAAAUAAUAUUGUCGACAAAAAUUGUGAAAAAAAAGCUGAGGAAAAACAAACUGAAAUUCAAAAGAACGAGAAACUUCUAGGCUCUCCAAUUAUUUCCAUCACUAAUAUUGAAACACAACAUUCAAUUUCAUACAAACACAGUAACAAUGGAGAAAUUGUUAAAAAAGUUGAGAAUGGGAAUGAGAUAACACAAAAUUUUAUUGAAGUAAAGAACACUUUGAAGCAUUGUUCAGGAAAUAUUAAUAAGCUAUCGAAAACAAAACCUUCUAAAAAGGCGAUGGAAAUAGCAAAUAAUAAAAAAUUAACUUAUUUAUCAAAAACACUAAAGCCAUGUAAGGUAAAGCUCAUAAAAGAAGAUUUAGUUGAAAAGUUGAAUCAGAUAAAGAUUGCACUUAACGAAAAAAGCUGCAAUCAUCUCCCAAAUUCUUCUCUUAAAAUCAAAGACAUUAAUGUUGAAAAUGACAGCUUAACAGAGGAGAUUCAAAAUAAAACUGCUACCCAUUCAAUACAAUAUUUUUCUAAAAAGCACAAAUGUGAAGUAAAUAUGAAAGACGUUGACAAAACGAAUGCAAAACGUCCGAAAAUAAAUAUUAUAUCUAAUAUGAAAAUUGUAUCUGGUAAUGAAAACAUUUCGUUAAAAAAAUGUAGAAGGGCUAAUUGUCGCAAGUUGUGUGAUAUAAACGAUUUAUCAUAUUUGGAACAAUGUACUUUACAAAAAGAAAAUGAAAGUCAUUUAAAUUUAAUUGAAGCCGCUAGUGCAGCUAGUAAUAAUAAAGAGAACGAAGUGUCUCUAUGUGAGGUACGUAACUUGAGCCAAGACUCCAAUUUUAAUUUUGAAAAAUGUAAAACGAUACUGCAGAAGGAACGUCAAAGUUCUAUAGAAAAAGAAAAAUAUCGUAGGAAAUUCGACGACUUUCUUAGCGAGCUUUUAAAUAAUCCACCGAAAACUCCAGAUCAAUCCACUCCUUACUGGUUUAAAUCAAAAAAAGUGAAAAAAGUACCUGCUCAUAAACUUCAAACUAAUGUUAAACGAACCAAGAAUGUAGCAGGGAAAGAGAAAGAUUUUGAUUAUUCUAAAAAAGAAAAAAUUAAGAAUAGCAAAAUAAACAAUAGUGUGCUAACAAUUAAUAGGAAUAAGUUCAUAAAGGUAAAACAAAAUAUUAAUAUGGAGGAACAUGAUGGGAUGAAAUUUGUAAGGAAACCGAAUAAUGAUAGGCUGGAGGCUAAUGUAAGUGAUACUAGCAACGAUAUGAAUUAUACCGAACGGAUUGGGAUUGUAGGUGGAAAUGGUAUUGAUAUGGAGAAAAUAAAAUCCUGGAUUUGUGCAGGUACUUGUAAUUAUCUACUUUCCAAAGAAAUGCCUUGCAGUACAAUCGUACUAGAAAAGUGUGUAUUUAAUAGUUUUGCAUGGUCUUCUAGGUACACUACUCUUUCUACUGUGAAGUUCAGGAUUCUGGAUUUACAUUUACAUUUGAUGUAUACGUAUGAAUGCAUGUGCAGGCAAAUUCAUGCGGCGAAACCCAGAACCUUGAAUUUCACUUCGUCCGAACAAAACUACUAAAUUUUAUACCCUUUUUAUUAAAUACUAGAUUAUUUUGUUUCUCAGUGUCAAAAGAAAGGAUAAUAAAAAUAUGUAUUCCAAUUGAAAAGAAUUUU